AUGGCAGCUAGGCGCCAGAAGGGUGUUACAGCUGGUGGUCCCAAACGGCCUGAUCGAGAUAUUCCUGAUACGCUUGCUACCAAGUUCAACGAAAUUACGACUAAUGACUGCAAACUUUGGUCAGCUGCCGAGUGUGCGUCUAAAGCUCGGAUGACGUGGUUCCGCUCGAGUGAUUUUGAGCAGGGAAAACGAACCACCUCUAGUGGGAAUCUCUAUCUGGCCACCUCUGGUCAAAGCUUUCUGGAUCCACCACACUUCCUAAUCAGCGUAGAUGCUCUUCACCAAAAAUCUGAGUUCGUCGAGUGGUAUUGUAUUCUCGACCAGGAGGAAUACAUGUCAUCAUCAUGUCAGCUGUAA